UGGAGCACGUCGCUCCGACCGGUUCGGUUUCUUUCGCUUGUUCGGGACAGGGUUACCAGUGUGGAGUGCUGCUCAAAGGCCAAGGCAACAACAGAAAAAAUCAAAGAGAGAAUUUUGUGCGCGUGCGCGUCGUCGUCGUCGUCGUCGUCGUCUGCCCACACAACGAGAUACGAGAGCGAUACUCUUUCUCUUCUGCACAGCAAAUUCGUUUCGUUUUUUAUGCAAAUUUCCAACGUUUCGUCACAGUGUGAAAGUAAAAGAAUCCAGUGAAGCAAAACAAAAGAAAUAUCCAGCAAAUAUUACGAAAUACUUGUACAACGAAAGCGCAACAUAGAGCAACAAAAAAGAGUGUGUCCAAAAGAGAGUUCGCAGCUUUUAUCCAUGGUUGUGUUUGUUUGUGUGUGUUAAUUGAUAAAUCUACAGCAAAAAGUGUGCAUUUAACGGCAAAUUUCGUGGAUUUCGAUUUUGUGGCACUGUGUAAACACUGUCCAUAGAACUCAAAAGACACUAAUUGAGGCACGGCUAAGGCAGACACAAAAGGAAGACGAUACCGAAGCAGCUAGAGAGCUAAAGAGCGUGGAAUAGCGGCAGCAGCAAACUUGAAGAAAAUUCGCACACUGUGGCCAGCGGGUGGAGAGUAAAUCGAACCGAAUGCAGUAUCUCAGCUACGCUCUGCAGACAUCCACGCGACUGCUGACGAACCAGAACCACCACAACCAGAAUCAGUAUCCGCAUCCAACGGGGGCGCCAGCGACCACGUCCACGCCCACCGACGAAGACAUCGCACACGCCUGCUGCAGCCGAGGGGCCCAAUUGUUGAGACAGCGCCAACAGGAGCUGGCCAAGCGGCGCGCACUCGAGGAUCAGAUCAACGCCAACGCCAACGCCCGCGAGUUGGAGUUGGAGUUGCAGGAAGACGAAGAGGCAGAGCCAGAGGAGGACGAGAGCAAAGCGAGCGGUAACGGAAGCGAAAGCGAGGAGGGAGCCGUGGGUGGAGAGCAGCUACGUCAGCCAGUCCAAUGAAAUUUACUCUCAUUUAAUGUUCAACUGGCGCGCAGCAAACUGCUCUCGUUCUUCAACCGCGACAUGGCUGCCACCGAUGGCCAAAUCAUAUUGGCCGCCUCCCGUUUCGGCGAUGCCACGCCCGUCUACUUGCGCGACUUCUCCAAGCAACCGCUGCCGGCGGUGGCCAAGAUCCUCAAGGGCCAGCACCAGGCGCUCGGCGUGCCCACGCUAUCGGCCCCCUCGCUGCAGAGCACGGCGCUCUUCCUGAGCGCCGGCAAAAAGUACCAGAUCCUCGCGCAACCCAUCAAGAUCAAGGAGGGUCGCAAGCCCACCAAUGUGGGCGCCAAGGUGCUCAUCCCAGAGACCUAUGGCGGCUACUUUGAGCUGCUCAGCGAGGAUGGGCGCUCCACGCGCUGCAUUGACUCGGUCCUGGAGUUGUCGCGACGCCGCAAUGCCCGCGUCCUGGUGCGCGAGACGUUCCGCUGCCAGCAGAUGAACCGCACCAUCCAUGCGGGCGAGCUGCUGACCACGAUGAACGACAACGGCAAGUACCUGCAGUGCCGCAACAUCAAGGACGAGAUCAUCAAUCUGCCACUCGAUACCAAAGCCAAGUUCUCGGCCAUAGCGCGCGAGGACAGCAUCAGCGGUGUGCACACCGUCAAGAAUCUGCUCCUCAAGCGGAUGCCAGUCAUUGUGAGACUCGUCCAUGGCAGUGCCCCCAAGGGACUGAAGCAACCGUUUGUGCCUGAACUGCGGCUGCUGGGAUGCGUGGAAAUCGAUCGGAUCUUUGCCCUGCCACUGCAGAAGGACACCGAUCUGGUGCCAGUGCCGCUGAAUGCGAAGAUCAAGCUGCAGCGGGUCAAGAACAUGGAGCAGCUGGAGCACUUUAUCGAGUAUACGCGCUUCCUGGAGAAGGCGCAACGCCUGCUGGCGGAUGCUCGCGAUCGCCUGCAGAUCGUCGAUCUCAAGCUGAGCGAGAAGGAGAAGAAGGACUCCAAGUUCCACAGUCGAAAUGGCAGCGGCAAUCGGCUGCCCGUGGUGAUGCUGCCCUCGGUCGCGGGCAUGGCCAGCGGUCUGGCGGAGAGCGGCUAUGUGCUGCGCAAGAGCGCCAGCUGUGACUCCUGGUCCAAGCAGCACCAGCAGGCGUUGAAUAGCGAAAUUGCCGAGGAGUACAAUGAGAUCGAUCAUAUUUACGAUUAUGUGCGGGGUCUGACGCCCCUUUCCAAGGGUUUGGCGCGCUUCGAGCCCAUCUGCGAGUCGCCCACACUGAAGUCACAUCACACGGACAGUGGCAGCGGCAACUACUGCAGCCUCAUCCGCGCACCCAUAACCCAUCAGCAGUCGAGUCAGCAAGCCGCCGCCGCCAACAACAACUACAGCAGCCUGGAGUCGAACAAGCACAGCAGCAGCAACGGCGCCGGCCAUCAGCAUCAGCACACCCAUCCGCACCAGCACCAGCACCAGCAUCCGCAUCAGCAUGGCCAUGGCCAUCACAUGGUGAAUCACUAUCACCACAGCCAUAUACAGGAGGACAUUAAGCCGGUGCCGCCGCCCAUUGAGACGAUACCCGGCAAGAAGCCGGCGGAGAAGCGUCAGCGUCCUACACUACCAAAGCUUUACAUCAAGAAUGCCAAUGCGCAUAGUGCCGGCAGCAGCAGCAAUGGCAACUCCACGGGCACCGGCACCGGCACCGCCACCACUCACAGUCACAGCCACAGUCACAGCCAUAGUCACAGUCACAGUCACAGCCAUUUGCAGCAGCAGCAGCAGCAGCAACAGUUGCAGAUGCAACAACAGGCAACGACCCCAAAUGGAAAUACAGCGAAUGCUGUGGCCAAUGCAGCGGCUGCUGCGGUCGCUGCUGCCCAUCAUCAUGGCUCCAUGCACAACCAUUCGCAUAGCUCCCAUCCGCACGCUCAUCCACACGCGCAUCCACAUCACGGCAAGGUGCUGACGCCCAACAAUCAUUUGCCAGCCAAGGAAGCGCUGGAGCCGCAAUCGCCGCUGUUUCACAUCAGGUACAAGAGCCUCAGUAGCCUGCAGUUGACGCCGGACAACAAUAAUACACCCAUGACGCCGCCGACGAUCUCAGCACAUGGCAAGGGGGCGGCUGUACCGACGUCCAACGCAUCGCCAGGCACACCACCCGAAGUGGUGCUCAAGUGUGGCAGCAUUCUGAAUGCGCACGGCUAUCUGACGUCGGUGGGGGCGCCGGUCAUGCCGAUGCCACAUCCGCACAGCCGCAGCUCCAGCAGCAAUAACCAUCACAAUCCGCGCGAGGGCACGCUGGAUUCGUCGCGCAGCGGCGGCCGGACAUCGGGCGACUCGAACAAGCUGCCGGAGAAGAAGACGCGACGCUUGUCACGGCCCAGAAGCCUAUCGAAUCUGGUGUGGGACUUGCGGCCAUCCAAAGAGAAGUCCAAGAAGAAGCUCUAUAUACAUCAUUUCGAUCAGCGGCAGCAGGCGACGUUGUAUCUUUAGAGGAGGGUUCUGAUGAUGAUGAUGAUGCUGAUGCUGAUGAUGCUUGAUGUAGAAGUAGCUAAAGAUGAUAAUGAUGAUGAUGAGGAAGAGUAGCAAAAGAUGAUGCUAAUGAUGAUGAUUCGUUGCCAACUCGUUUCUAGCUGCCAUCGACCCCCAGCAAAAAAAGAAAAACAGAUCUACAAAAACUACAAUCCAAACAAACAACCAACCAACCAACAAUAAGAUGGAAAAACUACAAACUAUAUUUGGAACGCUGUGUGUGUUCCUGCAGCUUUCACCAAUUUAAAUAGCUUGCAGCAGCAAUUUUUAAUUAACAUUGAAUUGUGCCUUUCCCUGCUAUGCCCCCAAGAAUGACGACGAGAAUGCUUACAAAAACGCAAUUCCAAGGAAAUAUUCAACAAGAAUAUAUCUAAAUGGAAUCGAAAACGAUUAAAAGAAGGAAGUCCCAGAAAGAAGAGACUGGAAGGAAGUCCCUUGAUGAAGAGAUUGAAGGAAGUCCAUGGAAAAAUCGUAUGGAAAUGCUGAGAGAACACACAGCAACAAUACACACACACACACACACAAAGACCCAACAUACACCCACACCCCACACACACACACAUCAAGUCUAUAAAAUUGUGAUUUUAAUUUUAUGUUUAAUUUAAUAAUUACUUGAAAACCAAUUUUAUUAAUUAAAUGGAAAAAAGCCAUUCAUGCGGUUCAGUCAAAUACGAGUAAAAAAACACACAAGAAAAUUUCAAACACAAAAAAAAGAAGCCACAAAAUAAAGAUCAAACAUAAUAUAAUAUAUGUAUAUGUAUUGUAAACCAUAAACUAUAUAUAAACACACAUAUAAAACCGAAUGGCAAUGUCAAUGUGUAACUUAAAGCGUAAGAAAUAUUACACAAAACCAAUACGAUUAUUUAUCCGUGUAAUGAUUUAGUGAAUGUUAUGCAGCAAACAACACCACAACAAAAUCAACUAAAGUGUAGCUAAAAUGAAUUUAUAAAUGAACAAAAUGCAAAUCGAUUUCCUCCUCAUAAUUUAGAUGUUGUGCAAAACUGUUGAUCGAAUGCAAUCCACACAACUAUAAUCGAAUAACUCUCGUUUAGCAAUUAGUUUUCAACUUUUUACCACACAAAUGCAGAGGCAAAGGCAAUGCGAAGUGUCUCUUAGUCGUUUAGUCUGUACAUUUUAGUUGUAUU